CGUACGAACUGUCAGACAGUUGACUCUCGUCUGCCUGCGUGAAAAACAACAACUUUAGUUACGAUUGGCAGAUUCAAUUCCAACUAUGAGCCUGCUUUACUUUAACCGGUAACGUAAACAUACAUUAUUAAUUUAUUAUUAAACUUUUGGCGGCGGUGUAGGGCAUUCCCUUUUUCAAAAUCCAGUAAAACGCAUCAGUUACAAGAAGCUCAUUUAAUGUUAAAUAUCACCUUUAACAUAUAAGUUAUAUUAUGAGAAUAAAUUAUACAAUAGUAACGCAUAUAAAUCCGUUAUUUAAAGAAAGUUGUGAGCGCUGUUUCAGUUACGUUGCACCGGAAGAGACCCUCGCAGCCGCUCAGUCAGAGUUCAAAGGUUAUCAAAGUUGGUUAACGUAACGUUAAGCUAACUCAGCAGCUGGAGAAGCUAGUCUCAAACAUUAUAAAAAUGUCAACUUCCGAAGAAGACACAGAGGUUGCUAUUCCGUGUGUGCUCAUCACAAGCUGCGACAGUGGUUUUAAAGAAGAAGAGCUGAUUAAACAGAUCCUCAGCCCGACGACUUUGCCCGAGCCGAUCAAGAGAGAAGAAUCAGUAGCCUGGUAUCCGUGGACCAUCAAUAACAAAUACUAUACAGCAGACGUCAGGCUAUGUGUUGUACCAAGUACUUUUCAAAUGUCAUCGGAGAUUGCCCAGGCCAUGCAGGCUUUCAUCGCUUAUUUUGACAGUACAGUGAAGGAUGGUUUGGAAAAGCUGCAUCCUUGGAUAUCAGUGGUGGAAGAUCUUGCUCCAGAGGUGCUGAUUCUGGUGUGUGACAGAGUGUGUGAAAAUGGGGUCACCAGGCACGAAGCACAACAGUGGUGUUUGGCUCAUGCCUUUGAGCUGGUGGAGCUCAAUCCACAGGAGUUGCCAGAUGAGGAUGAUGACUUUCCAGAAUCUACAGGAGUAAAGCGAAUUGUCCAGGCUCUCAAUGCCAAUGUGUGGUCCAGUGUGGAGAUGAAGGAUGGGCACAAUCAGGGCUUUGGUCUGAUGAGUAGUUUGGUGGCCUCCAGACACAACAACCCACACCCACACAACUGUCAAGAUCCUCCAUCUUCCAGCUUGCCAGUAGAGGGCUCACUUGUUAGUGAGGAGGCCAACCAUACAGAAAGUAGUACAAACACAGAUGCACAAGGGGACACAGUAGUUGAUGCAAUGACGGAUUUGGACAUACAGGAACUUGCUAAUCUCACGGCUGGAGAUGCAGAUGUGGAUAACUUUGAACGUCUUUUUACCAAAUUAAAAGAGAUGAAAGACAAAGCUUCUUCAUUACCUCAUGAGCAGAGAAAGGUUCAUGCAGAGAAGGUAGCAAAAGCGUUUUGGAUGGCCAUCGGUGGCGAUGACGACGAGAUAGACGGCUUAUCGUCGGGUGAGGAAAGCUAAAAAUGGUUACAUAUGAAUCAGUCUCUUUAACCCUGAUCCUCCUCCUUUCCUGGGGCUCCCACAAGAUCCAGCGCCCUUUGACUUGCUUCUUGCACCUGGAAAGUGGAGAUGCUUACAGAUGGUACUGUAGGCAUAGUCAUGUUUAGAAACUUUUGAUUCUUAAAAUGAAAUGAACACAAUACUGGUGUAUAGUGAGAAUCAGUUGGAUAUCUUGUUUGGCGAGAGAAGAGAGCCAAAGGAUGGCCCUGACCCUUCUCCCCUGGGUCCCUCGCUAUGCUUAAGCCCUGAGUGUACCUCAACAAAUAAUGGCGAUGCAGGUGGAAAACAAAAUAAAAUUAUGUGGUCUUUGAUAAUGUAUAUGUCCUGUAGGUACAGUUGUCACAUAUAUUUGCAAGUGACAUAAUGUGCCUUUUCCUUAGAAUUGUAAGACAUUUGAUUUACCUUCUGUCGAAUCAACAUAAAGACUUGUGAUUUUAAA